GUUUCGUGGAAGAUCUUGUGUUGUGGUGACUGCCCUUCUUCCUACCCGUCCAUGAUGCUGUCCUCACUAGGUCGUUCGUGUUCAGCACACAAUGUCGUCCACUCAAUACGUGUAUCCGCCAUCUACUCCACUCAUCGUCGUGCAAUGAUGUCCGCCUUGAGCUCUCAACCUCAGAGACCACCGGAAACACAUUCUAGCUCUAAUGCAAAGCAGCCUCUGAAAGAUGCACCGCCCGUCGUCGUGCCCACUGCAAAGUCGCUAUCAUCCGAACCAGCUUCUCCGCAGGUAGCUGCUCGCCCACCACCUAUACCAAAGGCAGAGCGACCGCGGCCAACUAUUCGGUCCACGAAGGCGGUAUUAAGUAUGACACCGACUGCGAUACAGCGGCUGCGUGGCUUGCUUAAUAGUCCGACACCACAAUUAAUUCGCAUAAGUGUGCGAAACAAGGGUUGUGCUGGCCUGUCUUACCACCUUGACUAUGUGGAGAAGCCGGAAAAGUUCGACGAGGUAGUACAACAAGAUGGGGUCAAGGUCCUCAUAGACAGCAAGGCACUUUUUUCAAUAAUAGGCAGUGAGAUGGACUGGAAGGAGAGUGCGCUAAGCUCCAAAUUCGUUUUCAACAACCCUAAUAUCAAGGACGCAUGUGGAUGCGGAGAGUCAUUCACUGUUGCAUAGUACUGCAUACGGAGCACAUCUAUUACUACCAAAUGUACUCUUCUGUGCUUUACAUUUGUCAGUAUUACUAUUAUUUACACCACAUUCAGUGUAUCCCUAUCAUACGUACCUCACAUAUAUUCAAUGCAUAGAUGACAGCAUUCGUCUGAGCUCUUCACUCACCUUUCAUAAUGACAUCACCCGCGCGCUGUCCUUGCAAGUUAUUGAAGUUGUGACAUUACGGGAUAGCAGGUAUUACAACAGUUUAAGAUCACAGUCG